GUAAUGGUAGGUCGAUUUGUCUAGUCUACUCAAAAAGAACAUGUGGAAAGGGGCCAUUCGCCGUGCAGUCGUGCCGAGGAGUUGUCCACUGCUAUAUUAUUAUGCAUAGGGCUUCCGGAAGCCCGUCUACCUUGCUUGGUGAACUAACCUUAGCACCUAACUCCACUAUGGCACAACCCGCUAAUAGCCAAACGCCAGAGACAGCCGAGGGUAAGGUGACAUGUAAUAUUAUUUACUCUAAACUUUAUAUUUGUCAACGACUUUCAUAUUGUUCCCGAGAGACCUGGCCACGAACGGGAUAUAUUCACUGCACGUCAGUUUUCAAUCGUGCAAACACAUUGUAGUGUGCAGGUUCCUCAUGACAGUUUCGAGGCGCACUGCAGCUAUGGCGGCUUCCAGAAUGAAGAGCUGGUUCCCCACCACGACAUCACCACUGAUAGUCAGCGCGCCCAUGGCCUUCGUGACUAAUGUGCAGCUGGCAUCAGAAGUCAGCAGAGUAGGUGGCUUAGGUUUUAUUCAAGGUGGCCGCGACUUCUCCGCUGGCUCGCCAGCUCUCAAGAAGCUUGACGAGGAUCUCUCUACAGCGCGUCAAGCGCUCAAGGUCGGCGGGGGCGCCAGGGAUACGCUGCCGAUUGGCGUCGGAUUUGUUGCCUACCCAUCCUCGGUCAGUGAGUUCGCUAAUACCACUACUCCGAUCCUGCAAAGUCAUCGGCCGGCUGCCGUUUGGCUCUUUGCGCCGUCCCCCUCAGCGCCCACCACCAUCGCAGACAUCAUCCAGUCUUUGUCCUCGGUGGGAGGUGAGUGGGGAUUAAAGGUCGUCGUCCAAGUAGGCAACGUAGCCGCUGCCCGGCAGGCUGCGGAGGAGGGGGCCCACAUCAUCGUCGCUCAAGGAAUAGAUGCUGGAGGACAUCAAUGGGCUAGCGGAGCAAGUAUCGUCAGUUUGGUACCGGAAGUGGCGGAUAUGCUGAAGACAGAGUUCCCCGACCGCGAGAUAGGCCUCUGGGCCGCAGGAGGCAUUGCAGAUGGCCGGGGUGUCGCUGCUGCCUUAGCCCUAGGCGCAGAAGGUGCAGUCCUAGGAACAAGAUUCAUGGUGGCAACCGAAUCCGAUACACAAGACUAUAAGCGCCAAGUCAUUCUAUCCACAACAGAUGGUGGGGCAACUACGGCCAAGUCACAAAUCCAUGACCAUAUCCAGGGAAACCGCGAAUGGCCCGAUGUAUAUGACGGUAGGGCAGUGAUUCACCCAUCGUAUCAGGAUCAGCAGAGCGGCAUCUCAUUCGAGGAGAACGAGAAGCGCUUCAAAGCUGCUAAAGAAGCUGGAGAAGUCUCAAGAAUGGUGACUUGGUCAGGCACUGGUGUAGGACUCAUCAAAGAAGCGCUUCCUGCCGCAGAUAUUGUACAGUUACUGAGAGAGCAGACAUUGAAGGUAAUCGGACCGCUAAAACAAAUACGCAGAAUCAUGCGGUGUACCGGGUUCCAUCCCUGCCAUGCAGCCAAGGCCUAAAGGCGAAAGGAAUGCCGACGCUGCUGCAACUCCGGUGUCCAAAGUAGUCACCCGUGAGAAAGCCCAGUUUCCCCGAGGACAGUACGAUUGGUCCUUAGUGGUGCCAGUCAUAUACAAUC